GGGUUCUCCCGCCAUUGAAAGAAAAUGGCAGCCUUGUGAUCAGACAGCUCAAAAAUUUGCUUUAUACUUAAAAACGCAUGCCAUAUGAACUAGAUAAAGAAAAAGACUUGUUCAUUUGAAAGUUUGGAUAUAUUUUUGAUACUGUUAUUGUUGUGAAACAAGAAGCUCUUCAAAGAAAGACAUUUGCCGUUUUGACACGCUGCAUCAGCCGGCCUCCACAUUGUUUCUUGUGGCGCGAGGACAAAACCAGGAUAAAGAUUCAAGAAUAAAACGACACGAAAGAACUUCAAAAUGCCAAAAGCACCGUUUGAAUUUAGCCCAGGCGAUAAAAUAUUUGCAAAGGUGAAGGGUUAUCCACAUUGGCCGGCAAGGAUUGACAGAGUGUCCACAGAUGCCAAAAUCCCGAAAGGAAAAUUUCCAAUCUUCUUUUAUGGAACAUAUGAGACGUAUUUUCUUGGACCUAAAGACAUAUUCCCAUAUGAGAAAUUCAAAGAAAAGUAUGGGAAGGAAAACAGGAGGCCAGGUUUCAAUGAGGGACUUUGGGAGAUAGAAAACAAUCCUGAUGUAGUAUAUGAUGGUCAAGCUGAAACAGCGGAAGAAGAAGAAGAGGAAGAAGAAGUAGAAAAAGAGGAAGAAGAAGCGGAUGAAACAGAGGAAGAGAAAGAGGAGAAGAAGGCCAAGGCUGAUGAAUCUUCCAGUGAGGAUGAGCCAAUCAAAGCAGCAGUGAAGACCAGGGAGGUGCGAGUUGAGCUCACUGAUAUAAAGAAAAUGGGGACCAAGAAGCAAAUUAAUGCUAAAAGAAAGCGAAAAGAUGAUAAAGGGAAACCAACUAAGAAACCCAGAAGGAAAUCCAAAGCUGAGGUUUCUGAAGAGGAAAGUGAUGAUGCUGAAACAGAUUAUGAUGAAAAGAUGUCAACGUCAUCUGAGGAUUCUGCAGAUUCAGAUUUUGCACCAGAUUUGAAAUCUUCAACCAAAAAAUCCGGUAAGAAAUCUGAAGUGAAAGGAAGACGAAAAUCCAAGAAUGCUGUAAGUUCUGGUAGUGAUAGUGACAGCGAGGCAGAGAAGAAAAAGAGUGACAGUGAUUCCGAAGAAGAGGAGAAAAAAACCAAAUCAAAAUCCAAGAAACAACCCAGUGCAAAGAAAGCUCCAAACAAGAAACCACAGCCCAGUAAGAAGAAAUCUGUCUCAAGUGAUAUUAGUUCAAGUUCAAGCAGUGAUAGUGAGGGUGAAGAUAAAGAUUCUACAAUAAGUGCCUGGAAAAAGAAGGACGAAGAAAGAAAAAAAGCUAUUGAGAUAAAAAUGAAAGAACAAGAAAAGAAAAGAAACCAAGAAGAAGAAGAGAGAAUUAAGAAAGCAGGGGAAGAAUUGAGAAAAGAGAAACAAGCACGAGGAGAAGAUGUUGAUGAAAGCUCAGAUGAUGAAAUGAUUGAAAGCAAGAAAAAGAAAGGCAAAAAGAAAGAAGAUAAAGAGGACACCAAAAAAGAAAAGAAGGCAACAAAAGCAGACACUCCAAAGCAGGCAAAAGAUAAGACCCCUAAAGUUGACAAGAAAGGUUCAAAGGAUCACAAAGAAGAGAAACUUGCCAAAAAGGAGAAGACAAAGUCAUUCAAAGUAAAAGAAAAGGAAGCCCAAAAGCAGAAAGAGGCAGAAAAACCCAAGAGGAAAUCCACUCAGCGUAUUGACAGUGAUAGUGAAGAGUCUCAGCCUGCAUCUAGCACUAAGACAGAAGAAGUAAAGAAUGAAAAAUCUGAGGAUAAACACAAGCACAAAAAUGAGAAGGAUAAAGAAGGGAAGAAGACAGAAAAAGAAAAGAAAGAACGCAAAGAUCCAGACUCUCCAUCUGAACGCAAAAGCAAAGCUGAGAAGAAACAUGAGAAGGAAGAAGAAAAGAAGGAAAGGUUGAAAAGAGAAAAAUAUGAACAAAAGAAAAGAGAAAAGAUAAACUUCCUGAAAGUAGAAAAGCAACUGAUUGAAAUGGAACAAGAAAUAAAAAGAACACUUUCAGUUGGCAAUGCAGAUAUAGAUAAAUGCAUAGCUGUGAUGGAGGAAUUAAAUAACAUGACUAUUGAGCCUGUCAUGCUACAGAAAAAUCCAGCAAUUUUGAAAACUAUUAAGAUGUGUCGGAGAUACAAAGGUGAUUCCAGAGUUCAGAAGAAGUCAGAACUGAUUUAUAAUAGAUUCAAAACAAUGUUUAUGGUUGGAGAAGGAGAAAAUUUUUCAGAGGUUUUCAGAAAGGCUAAAGACAAAUAUCAAAAAGAACAAAAGGAGAGAGAUGCUAAAGAAAAACAAGAAAGAGAAAAUAAAGAAAAUUUCGACAAAGAUAAAGAAAGUCCAGUUGAAAACAAGGAAGACCAGCCAGAUUUACCAUUAACAGAAAGUGUCUCAACUGAGGUCCCUCAGCAACAACAGGAGGAACAACAGCAACAGGAGAACAAAAAUGACAAUAAAAUGGAAGUUACCGAAAACAUGCAACAAAGUAUCCCUGACACUCCAUUGCAUUCACUAAGUGCUUUAGAAAGUAAAAACUCUCAGAGUGAAACAAUAAAGGAAUUCAAAGCUCAAGAUUCAGAGAGUAAGACAGUGAUUCCUGGCCUUGGGGGGACAGAUGAAACAGAUUCCAAAAUGGACACAACAGAAAGCCCUAAAGACACGGGGCCUACAAAACCAUUGGAAUCAGAUUCCAAUAAAAUUACAACUCAGAAUGGGUUAGAACUUGAAUCCAUGGAUGUAGAUCUUACUGCCAGCAUUUUGAAAAGUGUAGAGAAAGAAUCACAAUCUUCGGUGAUGGAAUCGAGUAACUUUGGAUUUUCCCUCCAGCCUAUGCCUGGUCUUUCAUUAGGGCGGCCUGCUACGGAGAAACCAACAGAACAGAGCCGUUCACAGCUUGCUCCCUUGGAUGAGAGGCUAAAACUGUUCUCUACGGAAGUAGAUGCUGUCAAGUUUGAUGAUGAACCUGAAACACCUCCUGAACACCGGGACCUUGAAGCUCGCAUUGCACAAAUUAUCAAAAAUACUGAAGAUGGUGGAGAUGCAGCAGCUACCAGCACUGCUCCUAAGUAUGAAGCACCAGCACCAGUGGCACCCCAACCCGCGCCAGUAGUCCCCAAAGCAGUGGCGCCACCACCCAUUAAACAAACAGUGGCAACAGAAAGUGAAGAUGACCCUCCCAUAGAUGAUGACGAACUAUAUCAAAUGCUCGGAAUAUGACAUGUGUAUAUUUAAAUUGAAUUUCAUUGAGAUUAAUGGCACAUAUUUAAUACAUAAAAUUCUUAAAAGACAUAAGGCUGUGUACAUAUUAGUACUAGCUGAAAGUUGUUUUUGUCCAACAGACAGUCGAUCAUAGAAAAUCUGAAAGACAAAGCUUCUAAACACUGAACAGUAAUGUUGCGCAGAAUUGCCAUGUAUGUCAUUUGAUGCCUUUAUUACCUGUCUGUAUUGGGGGUGAAUGUAAAAUGUAGUCUUAGAUUUAGUUUCGUGAUUGUUUCCUGUCUGGCUAGUUUGCCACUAAUGAUACUUGUGUUCAUUCUUCAAUUGGUCUCAUCUUGAAUCUUUGCCCUGAUUAUCAUUAAAUAUAUCACUGCUUACAAGCUUGACUGUAAUAGUUAGACAAAUCUUAAAUUCUGGUGCGUAAGGGACGGACUUGGCGCUCAAUAUUGAUUUUUUGAUGAAAAUUUUAAUUCAAAUCAACCAGGAGGGUCUUUAUUUUCUCGCAUGCUUAUUAUUGUAUUCAGUUCAGUAGGAAACUUCAAUGCGCCUUGGAAUAAAAAUAAUUGUACAUACUUGCUUCUAAUUUGUGAAGUGCACAAUAUGAAACCAAUUAUACUGUGUAGAAUUUGAUUAAAAAGAGAAUUUUAGUUUUGUAUAAAUCAGUUAACUAGAUCGAUACAAAUCAAAUAAGCUUGUAUGCAAAUGACAGUUAAGUAGCACUUCUCAAAAUGUAUACUGUGUAAGCAUGUAAAUUGUUAGCAUGGUAUAGAUAAAACAGUUGUAUUAAUCAAUUGGCAUUUUCAAUAAUAAAUGCCCAUGAGAAAUUCUCUGAA